UCCUCCUUCAGUCCAGUAUGAGGACGACGCGCGUGGUGACUCUUCGAGCUACAGACACUAUCUGACCCGGAGAAAAUGGAGAAUCAAUACCCCCAUCUGAGUUGUUUACUACGUCAAGAUAUUGUCAGAUGUUGGCGAUUAUGAACAUUUAAAUCAGUUUUGGAUAUAACGACGCUUCAAUUGUUUUAUGAAGAAGCAGACGGGAGCUUUUCUGCUCUGUGGGAAACCGAUAUUGUGCACCUUUUGCGCCUUGCUUAUGCUCUGGAGACGCUGAUGUCUUCAUUGGACUCCUUUCAGACGGAGAUGGUGGAACUCUCUCGGAUUUCCAACGUGGAAACGUAGCAUCCAAUUAAUCAGCGACUGCAACUGUACCCCGUAAGGCGCAGUGGCACUUGGUCCGCUCUCUUCAACACCUACCUUUGGACUCCAAAGUGUGGAAAGACGCAUGGUUUGGUUGCUGCGCCGGAUCGGAGUACGAAAAACACACCUGGUGCGGAAUUUCAUCUUUUUUUCAAUCAAGACAUGAACCGAAAUUGAACUCCUUGUAAGGAAUUUUUCGGAUUGUUGCUUUUGAACUAUCCAUGCAGUGGAUUCGGCUUGGGACACUCAAUGAGUCGCGUUUUCUGUUUUGGAUUUUAAAAACAACAGCCAAGCGAGUUUCAGGUCUGCAUGGCCCAUAUUUAAGCUUUCUUCAUAGGAACUGAGUCUAAGAUGAAGUUAUGGGAUGUUUUGGCCACGUGUUUGUUGCUCCUGAGCUCUGUUGCUACACGGCCUCUCUACCAAAACACUCAGCCAGCCAAGAGGAAUUAUUUCUCCAGCAGCUACAGUGAUUCUGCGUCCCUGUCUGUGGAGGACAACGAGCCAACGUACCAGCGUGAAGACCACAACCUGCAGGAGAUCUCCAUGGAGGAUCAAUAUGACAUCGCAGGUCCCUAUCCAGAGCAGUUUGAUGAUGUGAUGGAUUUUAUUGAGGCUACCAUUGGCAGACUCCGGAGAUCAUCGGAGACCGGCGAGAGCUCCAAGGGACGGAGGGAGCAGAAGCAGAGGGGAGCAGCAAACACGGGAGGCCUGAGAGGCGACAAGAGAGGACAUGGGGACAGGAGGCGUGGUCGGGGGCGAGGGGGAAGUCGAGGGGGUAAAGGAGGGCGAGGCGAGAAGGGGAGGGAGAGGGAGGGGAUAUCAGUGCAGACCCGAGGCUGCUUGCUAAAGGAGGUCCAUCUCAAUGUGACAGACUUGAGGCUAGGAUACCAGACUAAAGAGGAGUUGAUCUUCAGGUACUGUAGUGGGCCCUGUGUGGAGGCGGAGACAAACUAUGACAAGAUCCUCAACAACCUCACACACAACAAGAAGCUGGACAGGGACACGCCCUCUCGCACCUGCUGUCGACCAAUAGCUUUCGAUGAUGACUUAUCUUUCUUGGACGAUAAUAAUGCAUAUCACACACUGAAGAAGCAUUCUGCCAGGAAGUGUGCCUGUGUAUGAGGACAGGCAUGACCUGAAUCAGUGAAAUAAGGAUCGUCUUUGUGGGCUGAUGGGAUAUCUAGUGGAGUGUAUUUUCCGAAGGAGACAAAUGGAAGUAUAUAAGGCCAUCUCUCCCAGUGACAUGAGGAAGAUGGGACAGUCAAUACAGAAAGAAAAUACAACUUUACAUUCUACAGUCCAUGCUAAGUCAUCAUCCCUCCUGACCACUUUGGAGUUUCCGGUCAUGCACUUGCAGAAACGUACAAUAUCUGCAACAAUUUGCGGGAGGAACAAUACUGUUACACUUCCAGAUUUGCCAACUGUACUGUCUAAAGAAAGUGAAGAAAAGUGAAGACUAAGCCGGCUUUUUUUCUGAAGGAUGUCAUUUUCCCAGGAACAUCAGUUUUCCCUAGCUGGCUCCUUGCACUCCAGAUGAACACAGAGAUAUGAGGAGUAUAUUCAGCUGCAGUCUAAAUCACUACUCCAUGGUCUGAAUGUUGACAUUUACAUUCAGAGCCAAUGGAUAAAAAAAUACCACAUGGGAGUUCAGAAAAGACUUUUUGGUGCAACGCAUCUAUAUAAAAUCUAAUCAUAUAUAUAUAUAUAUAUACAUACAUAUAUAUAUAUACACGUGUGUGUAAGAGGUAUAUUUAUUAAGAUGGGAAUUAACUUAUUGUUAUUUAUUUCAAUCCAUUUUAUAAAAGAAAUUGUUGUUGUUUUUUUAUUUAUUUAAAAGCUUUGUUUGUCCAGGAUAGUGGAGCUUUUUUUCAAACUAAAUCUAUAAAAGGUGAUCCAGAACUGCUAAACACAUCCUAAAAAUACUUAUUCGCUUUAGAUUCCAGGGUUUCUCAAUUCAUGACUCCAAAGGAUCAUAAUUAGCUAUCCAGUUUAGGGAGGGUAUAAAGAGACACAGAGGACCAAUAAAAUGUUUUUGGACUGAAUUGACCUGUUGUUUUUGGAGCAUUUUGAGAGACGGCAGGGUAGAUAUUUCACUUCAACUUUCCAAAUGCGACUAUGCAAAGACAAGGGGGGCUCCAGAUCGGUUUCUCAGCAAAUUACUCUUUACUGCUGUUUAUUUUCAUUGUAGUUUUCCAAUUAAUAAUCCAGGAGAGAUUGUCAGUCCAAAUGGGAGCCACAACAUCUUUCAAUUGAAAUCUAAAAUGAGUAGUAGAAGGAGAGUAGUGGUCUCUGAGGAUCUGCAGGUGUCUUUGAGGAUCCAUAGUUUUAGUCACAGAAGCUGCUAGAAUGCCUGCCUAUCAGCGUACGUUACCCGAAACCUCACUCUGGCCUUGCACCAAGUCUGAGCAAAGGCUUUGCAGCGGUUACUGUCCCAAUAGGCUUUAAAGUUCACAAGACUGCUUGUGUUUCUGUCUCGCCUCUGACAGACAGGUCUUACUCCCUGAAAGGCGAUUUGAAAGUGAUCCUCUAACACGAGUCUUAACCAAAUAUCCCUGUGGGCAAAGAAAUAUUGGUGCAGGCAGUUUAAGGAAGAUCUAACUGCUGUAGCUGUCAUCACACAACUGAUGUAAAUAUCUCUAAGACUAGACAUUUGGACAAAAGAAUAUGUUUUGGAAUUACAGAGCAAAGUAGAUGGGUAAACUCAACACAUGCUUUCUACAUGUAAUGACUUGUUCAGCCAGGUUUAUUCCCAAACUAUACACACAUAUACAUCCAGGAUAGAAGAGGCUCUUUAAAAGCAUGUUGCUAUGCCCAUUGAGACCCCGCAAGGGGAUCGUUUUAAGUGGAACACAGGGCGCCCUAGUGUAGGUCUUGAUGUUAGCACGGAUUAGGGACCAAGGUAUCUGUGCCCACCCAGCAGCAAGCAAGCCAGCUUUACUGUGUAAUCCCCCUGCACACAGAACAAAUCCACUGCAUCAAGCUGAAUUUAGGCCAAACACUACACAGAGAGGGGAAAAAAACUCUAGCUUGUAUCACAGCAUACCUCAUCAAUUGGAUCAUCUUCCCCUUUAACAACUGAUUUGUGCAUAAGCCUUUCCAGAUGAGAAUGUGCAGUUAGGAGACUUCCCAGAAGCCUCAGAGCGCCUCGCUACUCUACGCUACUAUACGUUAAAGUGUGUAAACUGUGACCACUAGCUCAUCUCCAUGAUUGUUUGUUCAACUGUUCCUUGAUGAGAAGUCCUGUGGUUUAGAUGCAAAGGUAAACAAGCAAAAGAUAAAGACGCAAAUAAAUCAUUAAUGUUAAUAUUAGAUGAAAUAAUUGGACUUCUUAUCGCUCCUUAUUGUGUCAUCACCUCUGUGUCAUGUCGUCUCACUUGUUUUGUGUUACAGAACCAAAGCUCCCUGCAAACUUUAUUUUUGUACAAUAUUCAUUUUAUAACUUUUUACAGAAUUAAACUUGUUUCUAUUAAAUGUAUGUGUCUUCUGGUAUUUUGCCAUGUACAAUACUGCACCGGUGCCAGAUGGUAAAAAUGUGACUCUGGUGUGUU